CCAUUUACCGUACUAUUCCCUGCGCUGAGAAAAGAACAAAAAAUGCGUUAGAUCUAUCAAUUUUAUUGAUUUAAUUGAUUGCAGUUGGUAAAUACUUCUUAUAUUUAACUUGAAUUCACCAUCAUGACUUGCUAGAACUGAUUACCAACCACGAAAAUCAUUACAGAAAUAAUGGAUAGCCAAAUAGACUACAAACAGAAGUAUAAAGUUUUAAAGAAGAAACUGAAGUUUCUUGUUUAUGAACAAGAAUGUUUUCUAGAGGAGUUGAGAAAAGCUCAGAGAAGAUUGUUAAAAGUUUCCAGAGAUAGAAGUUUUCUGCUGGAUCGUUUAUUACAAUAUGAAAAGCUAGAGGAAUCGUCUGGUGACUCAGAUCUUACAGCUUCUAGUGACAGUGAGCCAGAGAGUCUUCGACCGGAAGGCACCUCUGUUAAAAGGAAGAAAGGGGCCCUUCCUGCAGGUUUUGACCCUUCAGCAGUACUAGGAGGAAUGGGGUUCACAGCAAUUUCACAGGGACCACCUAAGAAGAAAGCCAAAACAAAUGUAAAGAAGAAAGCUGUUACAAAGAAACAAACUCCAACAAAUCCCAUGUCAAGGGCGGAACUGGAACGCCAUCUGGAAUCAAAACAAGAAAUAUUUGGAAUAGAAAAGACACCAGCUUUUCUUCCAUCAGAAAUUUUUAGUAAUGAUAAUUCUAAUUUAGACAGUGAUGUGAUGAUGGACAUCAAGGAAGAGGAGGAUGAUGAUUUAAUUAUAGAUGCACCACAAUGAUAGACAUUGCCGAAACAGUAUUGGAUAUUGUGUCUUUAUAUAGUCCAGAUGACUUGACAGUGUAAAUUAUGGCUGAAUGGCAGCUUACAUUGAAUUGCCAUCUGAAAAAUGAAUGGCUAGGAUUCUGGCAGGGAUACCUGUGCUAUGUAACAUAAAGCAGUGUUGGAGAAAGAGAAGUGAAAAGCUACAGUGACAGUGAAAGCAAGUUAUUGUGUCUAGAUCAGAUGAAAUGAGAUUAAUAUGUAGGUUAAAGUUUCAGUACUGAACCUUAAAGUUUCAGUAUUUGAACACAUACAUGUGGUACAUUCUUACAAAAAAUAAAAAGUGUAUACUAAACAUUGUCUUUUUAAUUCAAUCAAUUUGAUAACUGCUUGUAAAUCUACAAUGUCAGUCUAUGUUUAAAACAUCAGAUUUAGGUUUUACAAGUAUGUUUUGAAUAUGUAUUGCUGAAUUGUGUGAAAACUUUUAAAAAUUCAGAAGUUUUUCAGAUCAGAUGCAUAUGGAGAAAAAGAACAAAAUCAUAACUAUACAGGAAUGAAAUCACAAUCUCACCUUUAUAUACAUGUAAUACUAUAAAUUGCACCAGAUUCUUCAGUUUUCACUCAUUUUAAUGUUAUCAUUUCCUAAUUUUCUCAUGGUGAAUUGUAUACAUAGCCAGAACUUUAUAAAUUUAGUCAUGAUACUAAAUGGGUAAAACUGACAGAGGAGAUUUUCAACUCUUGCUAAAAAAAAGAUUUCUUUGUCAGUAGUUAUAUUGUAUUGAUAAGUAUAUAUUUUAAUUCCUUUUCUCUGUUAAAACACUCUUACGCUAGAAUGAUGUCUUGUUAAUGUGUGGUGACGUCAAUGCUUUUGUUGCGACCGAGAAAGCGCGCUACUAUAUUUUAUCAACUGUUUUAGAUUAAGGGCAUAUUAGAAUUGAAAUAAUUUAUACCAAAACCGUGUUUUAUCACUAUUUAUGCACUCGAGCAGUAAUACUUCGUACACAUAAUUAAACUCUGGCUGCGCCUCCAUGAAAUUAUUACACCCGAUGUAUAACCACCCAUCAUGUAUUAAUAGUGUUAAAACACUCUUUGCUAUGUAUUUUAGUAUUUUAG